UGUAUUUGUUCUUCCUUGGCCACCAUUUCGUAAUCGCCAUCUCUUUGACUUGUUGGCAAAUUAGUUGUUAAACGAAGAAAAUGGCGGAGUUGCUUUUGAGUUCGUCGGCACAGUCUUCUCUCCUUAAUGUCAGACCCAGGAUCCUCUCGUUCAAUACCCCUUCUGCUUCACCGAUCCGAAGUAUCGCCUUCACUAAUUCCAAAGGUUUUCAUCCUUUAGCGUUCAAAUCUGGUCACCAAAGACUCUCCUCUGGUGCCGAUUCGACCAAGUUGAUCACUUGUAUUACUGUUAACUGCGUCGAUUCGGGAGCCAAAGCUGUUGAAGUUGAACCUGUGAUCGGCGGAGGAGGAGGUGGUGGAAUCGGAGGGGACAAGUUCGGCGGGGGUGGGGGAGGCGGAGAUGAUAAUGACGAAGGAGAAGGCGGCGGGGAGGAGGGGAGUGGUGGGAAGACGCCUUUGCCUUUGUCUAUGUCGCAGAAGUUGACUCUUGGUUACGCUUUCCUUGUUGGAGUUGGUGGGCUGAUGGGUUAUCUGAAGAGCGGUAGCCAGAAAUCGCUGCUUGCGGGUGGACUUUCAGCUGCUGUUCUGCUCUUUGUCUUCCGUGAGCUCCCAACUAAACCUGUUCUUGCUUCAACCAUUGGUGUGGUGAUGGCGGGUGCAUUAACGUGGGUGAUGGGAACUCGGUACAUGGGUUCCAAGAAGAUAUUUCCGGCUGGAGUCGUGUCCUUCAUGUCUUUCAUUAUGACCGGAGGAUACAUACAUGGCAUCAUGCGCAGCCUUCACUAAGCAGCAGCCGCACCAUCACUUAGCUUUGCAGUUGUGUCUAAACGUUUUCUCGGGCUUAAAUUGGACUCUGUUUUUUUUUGUUUGUUUACUUAUGUAAAACACAGCUUUGUAUUUGUUUUGUUUGAACCGUACCAGAAAUAAGAAAACUACCUAUUGUUUACCUUUCUUA